GAGACCGCCUCAAGGAGGCGGAAAUUGCCGAGGGAGGCGGGGUGUGCCGAGGCGGCACGCGGGUAGGGCUCGCGGCCAUGGCGGUCCGGGGGCCCGCGAGUCGCUUCUGGUGCUCGUGUCCCGAGGUGCCCUCCGCCACAUUCUUCACCGCCCUGCUCUCGUUGCUGGUGUCGGGCCCCCGCCUGUUCCUGCUGCAGUCGCCUCUGGCGCCCUCGGGGCUGUCUCUGCGCUCCGAGGCCCUGCGCAACUGGCAAGUUUACAGGCUGGUGACCUACAUCUUCGUCUACGAGAACCCGGUCUCCCUGCUCUGUGGCGCCAUCAUCAUCUGGCGCUUUGCUGGCAACUUUGAGAGGACCGUGGGCACCGUCCGCCAUUGCUUCUUCACCUUGAUCUUUACGGUCUUCUCCGCCAUCAUCUACCUGUCAUUUGAGUCUGUGUCAUCACUGUCUAAGCUGGGAGAGGUGGAGGAUGCCAGAGGGUUCACCCCAGUAGCUUUUGCCAUGCUGGGAGUCACCUCGGUCCGCUCUCGCAUGAGGCGGGCCCUGGUGUUCGGUGUGGUGGUGCCUUCCGUCCUUGUGCCAUGGCUGCUGCUGUGUGCCUCCUGGCUCAUCCCUCAGACCUCCUUCCUCAGUAACGUCUCUGGCCUUUUGAUCGGCCUAUCUUUUGGCCUCACCUACUGCUACUCCCUUGACCUCUCUGAGGGAGUAGCCCUGAAGCUUGAUCAGAAGUUCCCCUUCAGCAUCAUGAGGAGGAUUCCCUUGUUCAAGUACAUCUCAGGUUCUUCUGCCGAAAGAAGAGCAGCCCAGAGCCGUAGGCUGAACCCUGCACCUGGCUCCUACCCCACACAGAGUUGCCACCUUCAUCUGACUCCAAGUUACCCCGUCACCCAGAUGCAACAUUCCAGUGGCCAGAAACUGGCCUCCUGGCCUCCUGGACACAUGCCCAGCCUACCUCCAUACCAACCUGCCUCGAGCAUGUAUUAUGUGCAGAACCACUUUGAUCCUAACCCCAAUGCCUCCAGUGUGUACCCAGCUUCUGCAGGGAACUCCCAGGGGGUGCAGCCUCCCUCCCCUAUUAGCUGUCCUGGCACUGAGUAUUCUGGAGCCCUGGGCACCCCAGGGGCUCCAGGCUCCAAGGAGUCUUCCAAGGUAGCUGUGCCCUAACCAGUCUGCAGAGGGGGCUCCCCCCAUGCUGGACAGAGAACGGUUCUAGCUGAGAAUUUAAGAAUUAUUUAUUGAAGCCAGGGCAUGCUGGCCUGUCAUCCCGGCUUCUUGGAGGGCUAAGGUCAAUGGAUCAAAAGAUCAAGGUCUGUCUGGGCUCCUCAGAUUUAAUAACAACAGCUGGGACUGGGGCUCUCUGAUAGAGUGCUUACUUAGCAUAAUUAUGGCCCUGAGUCCUCAGCUCCACAAAACCAAAAAAGGAUUAUUUAUUAGAAACCUCUAUGUUCCAGCUCUGUUGAGUAGUUUGAUAAAUGUCCCCGUAUCUGUGUCGUUUGCCUGUAA